CGGUCUCCACUGAUAAAUCACACUGGUUUACUUGGAAUUGAGGUCCUAUGUCCAAAAUUCCGAAAUACCCCCAUUCAUUUGUUUUAUUCGCAGUCUUCAAAAUAAGAUUGUGUCUUUUCACUCCCAUAUGAUAGUUUGGCAGAAACCAUGGACACAAAAUGGACCCACCCUAGCCUACUGUAUUUCAGGAAAAAAAAACUCUUUAACCCAUUGACAUCUGGCCACGCAACGACAGCAGUACACGCAACGCAGAGGUUAACCGAUGGACUUAACGAUACAGCACUCACGGAUGACCAAGAUAUGCAGGCCGCUCUGGUAUGGUCAGAUUCUGCAUGGGUUUGUGAUUUUGUCACUGGGACUUCUGUUGUACUUGGUGCUGUGGUUGUGCGUGUAUGAAGACAAAGGUGCCAAACAUCUUCCCAGGCCUCUCCAGCAGAAGCGCAGGAAUGGAUCUGACAGAGUCACCAUCAAAACACAAACGCUCAGAAACCCAGAGGCCUCUCCAGCCCCCGCCAUGAACGACCCAGGCCUGGGUGCCGAGGAGUGGGACCGGAUACAGAGGACACUCCACUGGGGUGGACCGGACCACCAGGUCACCACAGUAAACAUGAGCACCAGCCCCGACAUCUCCACCUUCAUCAUUAAUGACUUCAAGGACACUUACCAUGUGGGAGAUGAACUCCACGUCACCAUUGUUGCCAAGGACUUCACCGGUGCACCGAAACGCUAUGGAGGGGAUUUCUUCCAGGCAAAGGUUUAUUCAGACAAACUAAAGGCCAGUGUGUUUGGAGAGGUACUGGACCACCAGAAUGGUACCUACUUGGCCCGCUUCACUCUGCCCUGGGCGGGCGAGGCGUCUGUGGCGGUCCGUAUGAUUCACUCCAGCGAGGCCGUGUUGGUCCUCAAACAGCACCGGAACACGGACUCCAACCGCAUCUACUUCCACGGCUACUUUGUGGGCAAGAACCUCCGGGGUGCCCGAGUGGAGGAGCGGGUGGAGUGCAAUAUCAAAUGGGAUGGGGUGGUGCUGUCGACCCAGAGGAACUGCUGCUGUGAGUACCAGGAUGCCCGCACGAGGCUGACCUGGCAGUGCCGCAAACCCCGCAGUCUGCCCUGUGACGCCCUGGUGGACCACUCCAUGGGGGGCUACAGGAAUCGCAUGACAGCCCCCGAGAAGGCACUCAUGGACAGUAAACAUGUGAACCGGUGGCUGAAGGGUGAUGCACGCCUGCUUAGAGUCAACGCCUCCAAUGCAACUAUUGGAGUGAGACAGCCAUGUAAACCUGGACUGCCCACGCCGAUACCAGCAGGAUUUUACCUGAAGGACGUCUGGACGUCAUUUGUGUGCGCCGCUCGUCACUUCACAGUGAACGACACAGCCAAGUGUCUGAAGGGCAAGAAUGUCUACGUUAUGGGAGACUCCACAAGCAGGCAGUGGUUUGAAUUCCUCAUCCAGACUGUGCCUACCCUGAAGCGUCUCGACCUUCACUCCGUCUACCACACUGGGCCCUUAAUGGCCGUGGACAUGCAGAACAACAUCAACCUGCACUACCGCUCCCACGGACUUCCCCUGCGCUGCCUCAAGACCCCCCUAGCGUCGCUUCACUACAUGAGCAACGAGAUCGACGACAUGGUCGGCGGGCCGCACGCGGUCAUCGUCUUCAACAUGUGGGCACACUUCACCAACUACCCGCUCACCUUCUUCGCCUAUAACGUGUUUCUGGUUCGUCGUGCCGUCGUGAAACUGCUUAGACGGGCGCCAGGGACCAAGGUCGUCAUCAAGACAGCCAACACGGGGUACAAGGAUAUCUAUGGCAGUGACUGGUUGUCCAUGCAGCUGGACCGAAUCUUACGAGAAGCGUUCCGCGACGUGGGCGUUUACAUCCUGGACGUGUGGCAGAUGACCGCCUGCCACUACAACAAAGAGGACAUCCAUCCAGCUCCUGUGGUCAUCAGAAAUGAGGUCGACAUUCUUCUCUCUUUCGUCUGCCCCCAGUAAAGAGCCAAAGCCUCCUGACUCCCCAGUCCAACGCCUUCUCUUGGUGUCCUAAUGGCAGCUGGUCACUUGGGCCCACUCACUCACUCACUCACUCAUUUAGAUGACCGGUGUGUGUGUGUGUGUGUGUGUGUGUAGGUUGUUGUGUGUGUGUUUAGAUGACCGGUCUCCUGCGCAGCUGGGCUCUGCCCGGCGUGGAACUUUGCAGCUUUAAAAUCCACCGCAGUGCCUGCAUCUUCACUAUGCAAAAAAAAUAACUUUUUUACACCACAAUUUCCGCACUUUUUCGGAAAAGAACCCUUUUUGAUACACCACAAUUUCCGCACUUUUCGUUAAAGAACCUUUUCACGAAUGAACCCGUUUUUCUUACACCGCAAUUUCCGCACUUUUCGUUAAAGAACCCUUUUUUAUACACCACAAUUUCCGCACUUUUCGUAAAAGAACCCUUUUUUAUACACCACAAUUUCCGCACUUUUCCUAAAAGAACCCUUUUUAAUACACCACAAUUUCCGCACUUUUCGUUAAAGAACCUUUUUUAUACACCACAAUUUCCGCACUUUUCACGAAUGAAGACGUUUUCUUACACCGCAAUUUCCGCACUUUUCAGAAAAGAGCCUUUGUUAUACACCACAAUUUCCGCACUUUUCGUUAAAGAACCCUUUUUAUGCACCACAAUAUCCGGAUUAUCAGCUGUGUUAUCCAUUUCUGUUUAUGUCUUGUAAAGGUGUAGAUUAUCAAAGCGUGGAUGCUUCUCUCUACUGUGUGGGAAAUACUGUGUAUGUCUUGUAAAGGUGUAGGUCAGGAUAUCAAAGCGUGGAUGCUUCUCUCUACUGCUCAGGGAUUUGUCACCAUACAAUCAGUCAGGCGUUUCAGAGAAAAGUUCAUAACAUAAACAUUGAAUGAUCUCAUCAAUGCUGCUCUCCUAGAAUGUUUACUGUUGACAACAAAACUACAGAAUUCAUCAGUUACAAAGAAACAAACAAUCCUUCAAGCAACAUGACGUAGCUAUUUUAUCUGGAAUUAAUGGCUUCAAACUCAUUUUGAUGCCACUUUGACUUUGCGUCACUGACAGUGCGCCUGGUUCAGCUGGUGUUGUACCGUGGAACAUUGGUACAGGUAGCAUUACCAUCUUUGUAGUAGCUUUUCCCUUAGUGCUAAAUAGCGUGGCCAUUUUUGUAGUCUUUUUUUAACAAAUUGAGUAUUCCCUUAGUGCUAAAUAGGGUGGCCAUUUUUGUAGGUUUUUUUACGAAUUGGAGAUUCCCUUAGUGCUAAGCGUGGCCAUUUUUGUAGUCUUUUUUUUUUUUAAGAAUUGGGGUUUCCCUUAGUGCUAAAUAGCGUGGCCAUUCUUUUAGUCUUUUUUUAUGAAUUGAGUAUUCCCUUAGUGCUAAAUAGUAGAAUCAACAGUUUGUUGAAAAUGUACAGAAAGGGGGAUUCCUACAUUGUGUUACUUGAACUAGGCUGAAUCUGGAGAAUGCUCUACCCGUCCAAUGUCACAGGCUCAACAACCUUUUGUUACUAGCGCUGCCAGCUGGUUUUACAACUUGGGAAACUUGUCACCAUCACUUCCGUUUUAGUGAGGGUAAAACAAAAACAGACAAAAUGGUGUAUUUUACUGUCUAUGCAGAAAAACAAGCUGUUCUGAAAGCCAUCGGACUCUCAGCCGAUUAUUGCAUCACGAUGUAAUAACUGAAUAGCACUUUGGAUUGUUUGUAUUUUACUUGUUUUGUGCUUCUGUUAGUCACUUCGGAUGAAAAAUGUUUACCAAAUGAUUAAAUGCUAAUUAUAAAUAAUGAUAUUAUAAGUUAUAAUGAUUCUAUUAUAAAUUGUAAAUAAUGAAUACAUUAGAAUAAAAAUUGUGCAUAGAAUAUUGUCAGUAAGAGUGUGGAGUCUUCUUCGCAAUGAUGUGAAGGAUAUAUCAUGUAAAAAUAUUUAAAUAGAGUCCACCUGUUCUCAUGUAAAACAUAUUUAAAGUAGAGUCCACCUGGUCUCAUGUAAACAUAUUUAAAGUAUAUUUUCUUUGGCCUUUUUGCCUUUAUUA